UUCCUGUUCACUGUUGGAGAGAUGACACCAUCACACAAGCUGCCCCUACUGGGGUUGCUAUUGUUUUCUCUUAUCCCAGGUCAACGAUGCCAGAUCUGUGAGGUAAGCGAAGACGACUACUACCAUCUAAAACCUCUGGUAAACACAAUGGUAUAUUCAAGUUAUACCAAAGGAAUCCAAGAUGCCAACAUCCUGUUGACCCUCAGACUUGUUGGCAUUCAUGACCAAAGCCUAGAACAACAGCUGACUCAACGAAUCAAACAAGAUGUGAGAAAGAGAGUGUCAGAGGUAACCUCGGGACAGCUUGCCUUGGUUAUUCUGGCUUUGGGAGCGUGUAAAAACCCUGAUGAAGUGUUUAUACGUGAUGCUCAUCUGGUUAGCAAACUAGGAGAGAAAUUCAAAGCAGAACUUGAGAAUAUGGAAACUCACAAUGGCAAUCCUCUGACUAACUAUUACCAGCUCAGCCUGACCCUUUUGGCCUUGUGUCUGUUUGAUGGGAACUACUCAAUCCCCGACGUUACUUAUUACUUCACUCCUGAAAAUAAAAACUAUUAUUUUGAUGACCAUUUCUCCGUAGAUACUGGAGCAAUGGCUGUUCUUUCUCUAACCUGUGUGAAUAGGAGUAUAGAAAGUGAGAAGAUUAAAGCAGGUACAGAGGAUUCAAACAAAAUCCAUAAAUAUACCAAAAAACUGGUAGAGAAGAUUCUGUCUACGAAAACAGAUGGUCUCUUUGGAAACAAAUUUAGCACAGGAGAAGCUAUGCAGGCUCUCUUUGUCUCAUCAAACUAUUACAAAAAUAAACAUAAUUGCCAAGAAACUCUGCGCAUAGUACUUCAAGAAGUUUCUCAGGGAGCAUUCCAUCUGCCAAUUGCUGCAGCCCAGAUCUUACCAGCCCUGAUGGGAAAGACCUACUUGGAUGUUAACAAAAACUCUUUUUGUGCCCACAGUCCAGUUAAAUUCAACAUCUCCACUGAUGAGGCUGUAACUGCGACACCUACUGUCUCACGCUCGAAUAUUUUGGUCAAUUACUCUGUGCGAAUCAAUGAAACAUUAGAUUCUGCCAAUAUCACUGUGAAAAAUGGUUCUGUCUUCCUUGAUGUGAUGAAGGAAGCUGAGAAACAAAAUGAGGCUGCAUUUCGCUUCACAGCGGAGGAUAGCCCAUGGGGCCCCUACAUCACCUCUGUUCAGGGCAUAAGGGCCAACACUGAUGACAGAACCUACUGGAAACUUCUGAGUGAUGGCCAACCACUGACCCAAGGAGCUGGGAGUUAUGUUGUGAAAAAUGGAGAGUAUUUGGAGGUUUGUUGGAGCAAAUACUAAUAAAAUCAAACCUUGCCCAGCUACCUCUAACCCUUUAGUAG